AUGGGGAGAGGAAAGAUUGAGAUCAAGCGAAUUGAGAACACUACAAACCGUCAAGUCACUUUCUGUAAGAGGAGAAAUGGUCUCUUAAAGAAAGCUUAUGAACUAUCUAUCCUAUGUGAAGCCGAAGUGGCUCUUAUCAUCUUCUCCAGUCGUGGGCGGCUUUAUGAGUAUGCAAACAACAGCACAAAAUCAACCAUAGAGAGGUAUAAGAAGGCAUGCAAUGAUGGCUUAGGAACAAGCUGUAUUGCACAAACAAAUGCUCAAUACUAUCAACGAGAAUCUACAAAAUUGAGGCAACUCAUCCAAAAUAUGCAGAACGCUAACAGGCACUUACUGGGUGAGGGAUUAAAUUCUCUUAAUAUCAAAGAGAUGAAACAAUUGGAGGGCAGGAUUGAACAAGGACUCACUAGAAUCAGGUCAAAGAAGCAUGAAAUGUUGGUGGCUGAAAUUGAAUAUUCUCAGAAAAGGGUGAUGGAGCUCGAAAAUGAAAGUGUUUGUCUUCAAGCAAAGAUAGAAGAAAUUGAAAGGCUUCAACAAGUAAACUUGAAUAUGUCUGGAUCAGAGCUCAAUGCAAUUCAGGCAUUAUCUUGCAAUUUCUUUACUCCAAUUGUAGUUGAGGGUAGCACUUCCUACUCACAACCUAAAUAAAAGAUACUCCGUCUGGGGUAAACUAUUCAGCACCAAAUCUGCAAGUGGGAUCAUAUUAUAUAAUGCCUAAAUAAAUUUCUCAUUAUCUACUAUCUUAUUAAGUUAUUUGGCACUAAAUCAUUGUGGCUUGUG